AUGAAAUUUGAAAGUUUACCAAAUAAGAUAUUCUUGCAUUGUUUUGAAUAUCUCAAUGCUCCAGACAUAUUCUACGCAUUUGAACAAUUAAAUCCUCAAUUUUAUCGAUUAAUUCGAACGAUUCCAUUACGUCUCAAUUUUGAAGAUAUUAACAAAUUAAUCUUUGAUCGAUUUUGUGAGAAAAUGUUAGAUUAUACAGAAAUUCAACAACAAAUCUAUUCAUUAAAACUAUCAAAUGAACAAGCAUACUGUCAAAUUCAAGCAUUCUUCACGUACUUCUCAUUGGUUGAAUUCACUCGACUUCGAUCAUUAACUUUAAUUGAGAUCAAAGAAAAUGAUAUAGAACAAUUAUCAUCAACAUUACCAUUACUCUCACAAUUAAUGUGCCUUCGAUUGAUUCCUUCUCUAUCAGUUUUUUAUACACUCCUCGAUAAACUUCCAAAAUGCAAACCAAACAUAUUGUCAACACCNAUGUAUGAUACGAAUUUAGUCGUUGCAUUUUUCUAUGGAUAA